GCGAGGCUUGGGGUUGGGGGCGGGCCUUCCGGCAAGCAAAAGGGCGCAUGGGGGAGGAAGGUCACCACUAGGGACUCCUGCUCUUUGCUGCCCCAGCAAUGUCUUCACUCUCAGAAUAUGCCUUGCGCAUGUCUCGUCUGAGUGCCCGGCUAUUUGGUGAAGUUGCCAGGCCUACUGAUUCCAAAUCCAUGAAAGUGGUGAAACUGUUUAGUGAGCAGCCUUUAGCCAAGAGGAAGGAGACUUAUGACUGGUACCCAAAUCACAACACUUAUUUUGCACUCAUGGGGAUACUGCGUUUUUAUGGCCUCUAUAGAGAUGAGCAUCAGGACUUCAAGGAUGAACAGUUGCGUCUGAAGAAGCUUCGUGGAAAGGGGAAACCAAGGAAAGGAGAAGGGAAAAGAGCGGCAAAAAAGAAAUAAUGUUGGUUAAUGCAAAGGGAAAACUUCUUCCUCAGCAACUGAGAGCAGGAGAAAGAGUAUUUAUCAUCUUUCCCCACAUGGGAGGAGCGUAAGCUUCCCAGGCUGAAGAGUAUUUGGAGGAACACAAUCAUCUCCGUGCUGACGUCUGAUCCAGUUAAAUUGUGACUGGUUUCUUGAACACAUUCUAUUUCUGCAAAUUAUUGUGGCCUUGGUUUUGUAACCCAAGGUUUGCCUCAUUCAUUCCCUAAGAAAAGAAUGUAUAAAUUAUUGUUGAAUGGCGUGUUCUGGUGAGGGUGGGACACUGGGGGACGUGGAAGGGAAACAUUAAGUAAGCACCCUGUCAUCUCGUUACUCCCUCUUGCUUCCCCACGUAACCAGCCCUGAAGUCUUGCGUCUCUGGCUGUUCGGCUGCCAUCUCCACCACCAAGCUCACAGACUUUGUGCCUCUCCACCUACUCCUUUGGGAAUAUCUAGUAAGAUAGAUCAGUGGGAGAAAAGGCUGUCCCCUGGUAAGAGAAUAUUGAAUAUCUGCUGUAACCAAGGUACUGGGACCCUGGUAAUACAAUGAUUAGCAAGAGAAAGAGUCCUUACCUGGUAGGACUUUCAGUACCUUGGGAGAGGCUACUAUUAGCUAAUUACAUAAAUACAAUUGUAUUAAGUGCUACAGAGGAAAAAUCCAGACUUCCAGGAGAGGGUAGAUGGAAUGAUCCAGAGAUAGCAUGAGGUCCAUACCUCAGUAGGGAAUUUAAAGGCCUCCCUGAAGAGAGAUUUCAGCGGGCUCUGAAGGAUGAAUAAGAGGCAGAAGAAAAAUGAUGGGGAAAGUGAGGCACAGAGAACACCUGCAUGGGUGUCCAACCUUUUGGCCUCUCUGGGCCACACGAAGAAAAGUUGUCAUGGGCCACAUGUUAAAUACAUUGCAACAAGUAAUCACAAAAAUAUCUCACAGUGUUUUAAGUACAUUUAUGAUUUUGUGUUGGACUGCAUUCACAGCCAUCCUGAGUCAUGUGGGCCACAACUUCGACACCUCUGAGCCUAAGGUAAGAACAAGUCCUGUUCAAAGAAUUGAAAAAAGACCACUAACUAGUACUGGUUGGUCAUAAGGAAACAGAGGCCAAAUCACAAAGGACUUUUUGCAAGUUCUGUGAAAAAACUUGGACUUAACUGGAGAUCAGAGUGUGUGAGGAGGUGGUGUUUCUCUGAGACAGACGACGUGUAUACAUUGAGUAGCUGGCUGCUCAUUUUACUGUAUUCUUACAAGGAGCUUCUGGUGAGGCCCUGAGGGCUUCUCUGAUGGUUUUCCUAAGAGCGGCUAAGAGUAGCACUGUCUAGUAAAUUCUUUUUUUAAUUGUGGUGAAAAACAAAAUUGACCCUUUUAACCAGUUAACCUGUUUCUACCUCUGUGGAGAAGACAGCACAGUGCACAGGCAAGAGUAUGUAUGGCAGCUACGAUUUUUCUUUAUUUUCUUUCCCUGCAACUUCAGAAGUAUUGGCAAUAACUUCCCUGUGAAUAAUUCCUAAACCAGUAAGGAUCCCACUACAUAUAUUUAGAUAAAUGAUACUUUCAAAAGAUACAUAAUCCAGAUGGUAUGGCCCAGGCCUAUAUUAUAGUUGGUAAAAAUAAAAACUAUAAAAAUUGGAUGAUUUGUAUCUGAUAGAUGUGAAUUCCAGCAGAAGGCUGAGAAUCCAUUUAGAACUCUUUCCUGAUCGCCUGCCACAUGCCUGAUACAUGCUAGCUGUGGAAGACAGAGCUGAACAGACUUAGUCUGUAAAAUUAUGUGAAUGAGCAUGUGCACAUUGUAAAAUAUUGACAACAUCUCAGGGAUUUGCUCAGGAAAGUGCAGACGCACCUUGGCCGGUGCAUCUGAGCCUGCUGGGUGGGUGACUGCCCCAGGACGUAGGGCUGAGAAACAGAUUUGCAGCCUGAACCCGGUGCAGAACAUCCCAGUGGGUGUUCUAAUUUAUGUCCUCUCCGACGUUUAGAGAAGACCCAAAUUACUAGAACUUAAGAGAAUUAACCUGUUACUUUAAAGAGAGUAACUAUAUUAGUCCUGGCUAGUGUAGCUCAGUGGAUUGAGCACCGGCCUGCAAACCAUAAGGUCACGGUUCGAUGCCUGGUCAGGGCACAUGCCUGGGUUGCAAGCCAGGUCCCUGGUAGAGGGUGUGCAAGAGGCAGCGAAUCAAUGUAUCUCUUCCCUCCAUUCCCCUCUGUCUAAAACUAAAUAAAAUCUUUAAAACAAAAAGAGACAGUAACUAUAUUAGAUACCAACAGCCAGCCUGAGUCAGAAAACAAAGAAUUGGUGGUCGAGUCCCUGAUGGACCCAGAACCUGCAAGGAGCCUUCACACUGUUUCAUAGGAGGCUUGCAGACAACUGCACAGUAGAUCGGUGUGCCACUGCUCCCUGCUCCACACCGGAAACUAAGGUGUGCUUCCAUGAGCUGUACCUAAAGCCAACCGACAACAGUGUGACUCAAAACAGCCUGUGCUGAACACGUAGAAGGUAAGAUGAGUUAAUGUCACACCAUGGAAGCAACAUGUUUCAGGACACCAGUGACCAAGAGCUAAGGCAAGGACUAACUUGCAAUAGGGCGGGGUGUGGUUGGGGAGACCUUUAACUGUAGGCAUAGGCUAGUCAGAUUUCAUUGAAUUUCUCUUGUCAAGACCAAGACUAU